AAAGCAUUCAUUAUAGACUAUUUCUAAAAGAAGAAACCAAAAUGUACAGUUCACUUCAAACUUUGCUGAAUUUGUUGUUUAUUGGCCUCACGAUAACCUCUAUAGGCCACAAUACCUAUGAGAUGUGGUUGAAAGCUCUGGAAAAAGCCUGUAAAUGGACCUUAUUUUUUGUCAGAAUCACCUUUAUCACUAUAUCUCUGACUCUGUACAACAGGACUCUGGAAAGCAAGUCAUUUAAAAUCGACACAUAAACACAUCUAUAAAGUGCAGCAGUGUUAAAACUCUUUCCAGGGAUGUUGUGCUGAUUUGAAGGCAUGUACCUUUAACAGGAUCUAACUUCCCCAGUCUGCCUUAAAGAGCCAGGCAUGUGCUGCUGAGGGCCUCCCCCAGUGCUCUCCACAACAAACUGCCUCUCGCCCGUCUUAAGGUGGACCAACACAGAUCCACUGUGUGCAUAGGCUGAGUCCUCUACACACUGGAUAGGAAGGAGUUAAUUCCCACACUCACUGCAGUCUGCAGGGGCUCUCUGAUGGAAGUGGUGGUGGGAGUAAUAUAUGUAUAUUAAUAUUUUUUUCUGAAAUAAAUUUGCUUAAAGUGAUACUGAAAACAUCAUCUAAGUGGUGACUAAUACAUAGACAUAUACAUUUUAGCGUACAGUAGGCCUAUGCAUAACAUCUAGCCUACUUAUGUCAUGUCAUGUUUGGCAUAAUCCCUCACAUGUGCAUACUUUUCAAACUAAUGAGUUGACAUGAAACAUAGAUUAGCGUGUCUAGUUGGCUUCACCUUAUCACUUCAUGUGACUUUGCGCUACUUAAUGUAAUCCUUUAGAAAGGGAUUUACCUUAACACAACUGUUGUAGAGAGAGAGAGACAGGUGAGGCUUGUGGGCUAUUAUUAAUAGUCAAUUAUUUGCUAAACUAAACUUUCUUUUUUUAAAUCUACAUAUGUGAAGACAAGAACCUCCCAUUCAAGCUUUUUUUUGUCAGAAUUGGCACCUGAUAUUUUGUUUUUUUUGCAGGUGACAUCAGGUUGGGAGGCUGCCAAGUAGCCAGCCGGUGCGGUAAUAGGAAUAAGACGUCAGCUUGAUGGCUGUGAGCAUACCUGUAAAUCCAACAGGUUCAACCCUCACUGUGAUGAUCUUUACGAACCACAUCAGAUAUCAGAUUGUACUGCAGCUAGAGGUGGAGUGCUACCGAUGCCAUACUAAAAAGAAACACAGGUACAGCUGAGUUAUCUGGUUUUAUUGAGUUUUUCUUCAGUAAUCUUUAGUUUAUGGGAGAGAUUGUUUUAGCAUUGGGAUAUUGUGUUUUGGUAAUGUUAUGAAAUGACUGUUAAUAGUUGGAAUAGUUGGAUAAUCACCUGCUUGUUUUAGAGAUUUCAAGUAGCCUUGUGUGUAAAGCUUUUUGAAUGCUUUGCAUUAUUAUUGCAAAUGAGAUGCAUUUUUUUUUGCACCUGAAGUUGCAUUUGGGAAUACAAGUCACCUGUAAAAAAUGUUUAUGUCAUGCUGAAAAUAACAUUAUUAAGCAUUAUACUUGUGCUUUAUUGUCUAUUUUAAUCAGUUUUUUCUUUUAUAUCGUGUGAUUUGCAUAUCAUUGAAGUGGCAGCUUAACAUUUGCGAUCAAAAGGUCACAGACAGAUCAGACUGGCUCAUGCUGUGAACCUCCAAGCUGUGUUGUAUUUCUGCUGAGGCAAACCCUGCACAGAUGUUGUGGAGUGAGCAAACCCACUGGAUUAUACCGGGGGAAUCAUUGUCCUUUAUAGGAUUGAAACGCAAGGUUAAUUAUCUGGGAAUCUGUGUGACUCUUCACACCUACCUAACCGCUAAAAUCUUAAGUCUUUUACAAUUAUAUCAAACAGUGUACUGUAACAAUACUGCAUCCUGUUGAUACAGAAUAAGGGUCUAAUUCUGAAGUGGAAUCGUUAUAUUAAUGUAAUCUCUACAGGUGAUGUCAACCUGACUGUUCCUCUCUUUCUUCUAUGUUGUUCUACAGGUUUUGGACGUGAUAUCAAGUGUUAAAAAUGGGGCGUUCAUCUUUGCUCUUCAUUACGCUGUCUCUCUCUUCACUUGGAAGCCUUAUUCAAACUUCACAUUCACUGGACAACUCAGUCCGAAUAACUCGAAGCGCGGGCAGUGAAUUGAUGUUCUACUGGGAGAGCAGCAGUGACUCUGUGGAGGGCAGUGGACUCAGUGUUGACAGUACAGCAUCACAGACACUCGUCUUUCCAGAGAAGUCUGAGCGAGCUGGCAAUGAAAACCAUUCUGAGUCUGGAAUCACAUUAACUACAACACCAGCACUUACCUUGCACCACUCAGCUGACAAAGCUAAUACUUCAAUAACAGGAUACACUCACUCCAGAGUAUACAUGAUCUCAGAGGAAGAAGGCAGCCACAUAAUGACUGAGGAACACUUAAAAGAGAGUCACACAUCCAAAGUAAAUGAAGAUUUUCCGGAUGAUUUGGACAGCCCUAAACUCUUUGUCCAAAACGAUGCGUUAACUCCCACAACGAACCAGAACCUGUCAGGACCUGCAGGCCCCUGUGUGCUUAGUCUGGGUCCUUGUGUAGUUAUUACAAAUGGCACCAAUCUGCUCUGGGAUGACAUGAGACGCACACUGGCAUUUGCCUGGGAGCUACACGUCUUUGGAUCAGCCGGCCUCUUCAUAUUGAUGGCAGCCCUGGCAGUUGUGGGAAUAGUCGGUGCGUGCGCUCUCCCUCAGCCCCUCCGUGACGCCCUGAUUUUGGCAAAUGCUCUCCUAAUCCUGAGUGGAAGCCUGCGUGGCUUCCUCCUUCUACUUGAUCCUUAUGGCACCCGUCAGAUCCUGUCUCGUGCCACGCUGGCUGCGCUCCAUAAUGUUCCUCUGCAGCUCCUCCUGUGGGCGCAGGUUGCCCUCACACUGGUCGCACUCAGAGGGUCUAAAUUAUUACUUUUCCCGCUGAAGCUGCAGCACCAGCACCCGUGGGUGGUUGGAGGGCUGGCUGUAUCACAUUGCACUCCAUUACUUGUAGCAGACCUUUUCUCUCCAACGUUAUCCCCUGCUCUCCCUCUGUUGCUGCAGACCCUCUCCCUCUGCUGGGGCCUCCCGUUCUGCAUGGGAAUCCUCAUCAAGUCUUUUUCUCAUCUACACCCCCACCUCUGGUCUUCUCUGCCUCAGUGGGCUCCUUCACUGAGGAUUGAGAAGCGUGCAAAGCGAGUAACAGCGGUGUGCGCUUUCUUCGGGUUUCUCUGCUUCAGCCUGCAGAUGUAUAGUCUCCUCUGGCUUUAUGGGCUUCUGGGGAACUGGAGGCGCUUUAGCUGGGGCUGGUGGCUCAGCCAGUUUUGGGCCAGGAUUCUUGAGUUAGCUUGGGGAUUUUCACUGCUCGUCCUGGGAUCCUGGAUCUUCUGGACAAAAUGUGGGGGUCAUUCAAGGGGCGAUCAUCAUGGGCAGGACACAAGUGAGGUGCCUACAGCGCCGAACGAGACCAGAUUGUGGGGUCGGGUCUUGGCCAGCAUACAGGAAGGACCACUAAAAAACUCUGAGAGAACCUGGGAGGACCUGAUGCCAAGCAACUGGGCAAAGUAUAACCUGUCUAGAAGAGGUUUCAGCAACAACUUAAUGUGUCCGUUUGACGAUCAGCCAUCCACAGACUACACACCUGAUCCUGUCAGCACUAGCAGCUCUGACUCUCAGGCUGCACUACUGUUGCACAAAGUUGGUGAGCGCGAAUGUGUUCUUUCACUUAUAGAAUUUGACAUGCGGCCUCCGUCUCCCAUUAACCUCAGGCGCAGUAUUGACGACGCCCUUCACCAUGGACAGCUUGUAGCAGAAGGUCUGUUCACAUCUCCACCUCCCUCUUGGACACAAACUACGGCAGACACAGCUGAUGGAAAUGGUGGUGCAAUAACUCUCCCUCCAGCUUAUUUUGGCUACGAUUGGACGUUGGACACAGAGCCUAUUUCUGCGUCCCCGCUGAUACAGCCACUCAGUGUCACAACUGAUUAUAAUGGUAGUGUUGGAUCUCCAGCUGCUGCACAUCAAGGAGAAGAAUUUAACUCAGCAGGGAUGUAUCAGUAUGACUGGUGUGAAGACGAAGUCACAGACCUCUGAGCUGUCUCUUAUGUCAGGAGCACCGUCUAUCAUCUAGCCUCCAUGAAAUGGCACAAUCACAUAAUGUGGACAGUAACGCUCUCGCAAGACUCAUCUAAGCAAUAACUGAUUUACUUAAAAUUGACUUGAAUGUAAUCAAAUUAAUUAAGAUGUGUAUAUUUUGAAAAAUCUUGAAUAUUUCAAUGUUUGUGUUUUCUAGCACAACUUAAUCACCAAGUAAAGUGCAUGGAAAUGAUUCCCAGUGGACAUUAUGAGUAUUUCACAAUUGAUAGAGUUUUAUAAUGUGUGUUGCUAUAUGCCAGUGUUAUAACCAGUUUUUAAUCAGUACGCCUCUCUCUUAUCAGAUUAGUGUCGUAGCUUCUUCACUGAUUAAAAGUCAUGUGCAUUUGUUUGGCUCACCUUUGAUAAUGAGUGAAAGCUGCAUUAUUUUCUUCUGUAAAAAUGAACAUGAUUGUAUGUUUUCAUUGUGUAUAAAAUAAAGUGAAUUUAUAUGAGUUACUUUGAUGAAUGUGCAGAAAUGUUGCAUUAAAACAUUGAGAACUGCAGCUGGAACCAUUUUAUGUGUAGCAAAAUUUGCAAUUCAUAAAUGCACUAAUAUUGUUCUAAUGUUUGAUUUCUCCUUCAAAGGCUACCGACAGUACUCAUAUAUCAAUUUCACUGAAAUGUGUUUUUUGAAAACGUAAUCUUAACUGCCUUUUUAGUUGA